GCCACCGCCAUGCUGCUGCGGCUGCUCCGCGACUUCCGGGCCGCGCUCCUGGCCUACGCCGUGGGCGCCGCCGUCCUCCUGUCGCAGCUGCUGCGCCGCUGCCGCGGGGGCUUCCGGGAGCCGGCGCUCCCCCCGCAGCCCGACCGCGUGGCCAUCGUGACGGGCGGCACGGACGGCAUCGGGCUCGCCACGGCGCGGCACCUGGCGCGGCUCGGCAUGCGCGUGGUCAUAGCCGGAAACAACGCGGACAAGGCCCAGGACGUGGUGCGCGGCAUCAGGGCGGAGACGGGGAACGAGAAGGUGGACUUCCUGUUCCUGGACCUGGCCUCCCUGGCGUCCGUCAGGAAGUUCGCGCGCGACUUCCUGUCCCUGGGGUUCCCGCUGCACGUGCUGGUCAACAAUGCGGGCGUGAUGCUGGCGCCGCGCGGGUCGACGACGGCGGACGGGUUCGAGCGCCACCUGGGCGUGAACUUCCUGGGCCACUUCCUGCUGACGCAGCUGCUGCUGGGCGCGCUGCGGGCCGCGGGGUCGCGGGGUCGGCGGGCGCGCGUGGUCUGCCUGGGCUCCGCCACGCACUACGUGGGCGCGCUGGACCCGGGCGCGCUGGGCCGGAACCCGGCCGACUCCCCCCACGCGGCCUACGCGCGCAGCAAGCUGGCCCUGGUCGUCUUCUCGCGGCGGCUGCAGCGGCUCCUGGCGGCGCGCGGCGACCCCGUCACGGCCAACGUGGCCGACCCCGGCGUGGUGGACACG